GUCGUGGGGUGGGGUAAGAGGGAAGAGGAGGGGUGAUCUCCUAACAAACAGCUGUUGCAGCUGCAGAGAGGAAAAAGGAGAAAGCUCAGGAGCAGCAGCAGCAAUCCGACCCCUGCAACAGCUUUAUCAUGAACAUGUACCUGUUUGUGUAUGACUUAAUGCAAUUCUGUGGACAUUCUUGGAUAUUUACAAAUAUGAUCAUCAGGUUCAUGACAUUUGGAAAAGAUUCACUGGCUGACACGUUUCACUCCAUAGGACUUGUAAUGCGCCUUUGCCAGCUGUUCUCUGUGUUGGAGAUCCUGCACAUCCUCAUUGGCAUUGACAAAAGCCGUCUCCUCCCCAGGUUUCUGCAGAUCACUGAGAGAAUAAUCAUUUUAUUUGUCGUGAUCAACAGUCAGGAAGAAGUUCAAGGGAAAUAUGUCGUCUGUGUUUUAUUUUUCCUUUGGAAUUUAUUAGAUGUGGUCAGGUACACUUACAAUAUGUUGGCAAGGAUGGGCAUAUACUACCUACCACUAACAUGGCUCAACUUCUCACUGUGCAUCCUGCUUUAUCCCCUUUCAGUUCUGGCUAAAGGAUUUGCAAUUUGUGUAUCACUGCCUUAUUUUGAAUCCUUUGGCACAUACUCUAUCAAGCUACCAUUUCCAUUCACCUUCUCAAUCUACUUCCCCUAUGUUCUGAAAAUGUACCUGCUAGUGCUCUUUGCAGGUAUGUGCUUUAUCAUCCGGAACCUUAUCUCUGAGAGAAUGGCACACCUAGGGACAGGCAACAUCAAAAAUAAAAGAAGCUAAGUUGAUAUUUUGUUUGGAAGGACAAAAUAUAUUCCUAGGGGAUUGCUGCACAUCAUAGAUAAAAACAAACUGGAAAGAUUUCUCAAUGCAAAACUCCUCUUUGCAUGAACAUUAUCUGGCUGUGUAGAAUUUUCAGAAAAAACAGAUCUCUUGACUGCACCUCAAAAAUACAGCAGCUUUUGGAAACUUUGGAAUGUGUUUUGAAAACUCUUUGACUUCAAGUGGCAAGAGUUUUUUCAAAUUAAUUUUUUUUCUAAUAUAUGUUACAGAAUUCUGAAAAAAAUGAAGCAUGCCACAACUCACUGCCACACCCUUAUUUCAGUGUUAAUUCUUACCUAUAGCUACAGAUAUUCUGUAAUGACAAUAUCAUUUAAUCUGUAAGAUUAUUUUAUACUAGGCCAACGUGUAUGUAUCUCAUGCAUAAAUGCUAAAUUGGCUGGAACUGGAAUCUCUCAAGGAGCAGAAGUCAGAACCUUUGCAACCUAGAGACUAACAAGCUGAUUAACCCAGGCAUUCACUAAGGAUCCUUCACAUUCUGGCUCCAUCCUUCAGUUGUCAAAAGACAGUUCCAGAAAAUGUAGCUAAAUCAGAAAGGCAAGUGUUAAGGUACUCAUCUACUGUAUAUUCAAGGAGAAGUUUAAGGGUCAGAAAUAAACACUUGUAACCAUG